AUGAAAAUAGAAAUUUAAAGAGAUCGCAAAAAAAGAGAAGAGAACGAAGAAUAUAGAACUUGUGAAAUAGAAAAUAGAAUAAAUGAUCUUCGUUUAUAAUUUGAACAUGAAAAAAAAGUUAGAGAUGAUAUUUCUGAAAACCUUAUUAGAACUUUUGGAGAAGAAAUUCUUAAGUUAUAAGAAUUAUUAUGUUAAGAAAAAAGAAUUAGGGAAGAAUAACAUAGUAAUAUUCUUAAAGUUUUAGAAGAUUUAAAUGAUACUUUAACUUAAGAUGUAAAUUAAGAAAAAUAAGUUAGAGAAAAAUCUGAGGAAAUGCUUGUAAAAUUAUUAGAAGAUACUUGUGGUAAAAUUGAAAAUUCUCUUCUUAAUUGA